UGGAAAUUAUUAGUGUAGCACAUUCGCAAGGGAUUGUUGUUCAUAAUGUGCGACCUUCAAGUUUCGUCAUGUCAUCUUUCAACCACAUCUCCUUUAUCGAGUAUGCAUCUUGUUCGGAUUCUGGCACUGAUUCUCCCGAGGAUGAGUUAAACAGCCCAACUGAAGAAAUUAAGGAUUUUCCCUCUCUCUUGCAUCGUAAUCUGCAUCAGCAACGAAGGAACUUAGGAAGAGAAAAUUUUCAGUCUAUGACAACUCCAAAUGCCUUGUCGGAAACGAGUUGCAUGCAGUCGAGUUCAAUCCAUGCAGCACGCGAAUCGUUGGUACAAGAGAGUGAAAAUAGAAUCAGAGACCGAAAUGUUGAACUAGAAGAUAAGAGACAACCGUUUCCAAUGAAACAAAUAUUGCUUAUGGAGACCAGUUGGUAUACUAGUCCCGAAGAGGUUUCUGCUGGAUCGAGUUCAUGUGCUUCAGACAUUUAUCGGUUAGGGGUUCUUCUUUUUGAGUUAUUCUGUCCACUCAACUCAAGAGAAGAAAAGAGCAGAACAAUGUCUAGUCUGAGACAUCGAGUUCUUCCUCCUCAAUUGCCGCUGAAAUGGCCUAAAGAGGCUUCGUUUUGUUUAUGGCUACUGCACCCCGAGCCAAAUAGCCGGCCAAAAAUGUGGUGAAUACUCCUUACAAAAUGGCCUUCCAUCUCAGACGUUGAUUUUUCUUUUCAAAAGCUACCAUAAAUAGUCUGAGACAUCGAGUUUCAUGGAAGUAAUUGUUGUAUAUUUAAACUGCAUUACAUAUAUCUGUAAUUCAUUACGUCAUGAAAUACUCCAUUUUAUGCCAUUUUCUAUAAUUUGGUCUUGUAGUUCA